UAAGAGCUUCAUUUUGCUACCUUUGGUUUCAGUAGCCUGUGAGUAAUCAUCCAAUACAUACGUUUGCAAAAGAGCUCCACCGAAAGAAAAAAAAAAACUAGAAAACGAAAACGGCACGGAAUUGUUUUAACACAAAAGUAGAAGAAGAAGCGUUUCUAAGAAACAAAAAAGAAACCAAAGACUGAUACAGAAUUUUUUUAAUUUUGAAUUAAAAAAAAGAGUAAUCAAAAAACCUUAAAAAAUAUUUAAUUGGAACAUUUUUCUUCAUCGGUUUGUGUUGGAAAAGAGAAUGUUUAAAAGUUCUUCGUCAUUGUCAAUUAAACAAUUGUGGUUGUUGGGCAGCACUCUUACCAAGCCGAAAGUUACAAGUUUUAAUGGCCGCUUGUCUGGUGGUAAACGCUUUAAAGCAACUGCUUUAAAUCUAGCCGAAAAUUUGGACGAAUCGAAAGCGAAUAGUGACAGUGCUACAAGUAGUGUGGUGGACAAAGUGCCACCAAUUGCAACGGCCACAACAGCAACUGAUGUCGAUGCUAGCCUAGAUAGUCGCAAGAAAUUUGGUCAUACCGGAAAAUUGUUGCAGGACAAAAUCAAAGCUGAGCGAAAAUUGAGGGCUGCACCUUUGAUGAACCUGGUCUUUGCCAAUCGUAAGCUAUCCUUUUACGAUACCAGCAAUCCUUCAAGCGAACAACCCCGUUUGCAGAAACGCUGCUACUCAGUCAGACCUCAUCGUGAACAGGAACAACGCAAUGCCGAAGAUGUCUUGUUUGAUAUGUUCUACAAUGAGGAGACGGGUCUUAUAUCGAUGGGCAAAUUCCUGGCUGCCCUCAAGACCACUGGCAUACGGCGCAGUGAUCCACGUAUCAAGGAGUUGAUGGAAAAUCUAAAAAAGGUGCACAAGUUGUCCAACUAUGAGUCUGGGUCAUCGGCUGAGACCCAAAACCUGAAUCGUGAGACUUUUAAGGCUGUGGUUGCCCAAAACAUUGUCCUGAUUGCCAAGGCCUUCCGCCAACAGUUUGUCAUACCCGAUUUUGUGGGCUUUGUCAAGGAUGUCGAGGACAUUUAUUGGAAAUGUAAAAGCAACACCGAUGGCAAGGUGGCCGAUUACAUACCCCAGCUGGCCCGCUAUAGCCCCGAAUCCUGGGGUGUCAGUAUUUGCACCAUUGAUGGCCAACGCUACUCCAUUGGCGAUGUCGACAUACCCUUUACAUUGCAAAGUUGCAGCAAACCCCUGACCUAUGCCAUUGCCUUGGAAAAGUUGGGACCCAAUGUGGUGCACUCGUAUGUUGGCCAGGAGCCAAGUGGUCGGAAUUUCAACGAGCUCGUAUUGGAUUAUAAUAAUAAACCCCACAAUCCCAUGAUCAAUGCUGGUGCCAUAUUAACCUGUUCCCUCAUCCAUGCCCUGAUCAAACCCGAAAUGACAAUGGCCGAGAAAUUCGAUUAUGUCAUGAAUUGGUUCAAACGUCUGUCGGGCGGUGAUAAUAUCGGCUUUAAUAAUGCCGUAUUCUUGUCCGAGCGAGAAGCUGCCGAUCGCAACUAUGCCUUGGGCUUUUAUAUGCGUGAAAAUAAAUGUUAUCCGAAGCGUACAAACCUCAAGGAGGUUAUGGACUUUUAUUUCCAGUGCUGCUCCAUGGAAACCACCUGCGAAGCAAUGUCUGUCAUAGCCGCCACCCUGGCCAAUGGUGGUAUUUGUCCCACCACAGAGGAGAAAAUUUUCCGGCCCGAGGUGGUACGUGAUGUCCUGUCAAUUAUGCAUUCGUGCGGUACCUAUGACUACUCUGGUCAGUUUGCCUUCAAAGUGGGCCUGCCCGCCAAGUCUGGAGUCAGCGGUGGCAUGAUGUUGGUCAUACCCAAUGUUAUGGGUAUUUUUGCCUGGUCACCUCCGCUAGAUCAAUUGGGCAACAGUGUUCGUGGUGUACAAUUCUGUGAGGAAUUGGUGAAUGUUUUCAAUUUCCAUCGUUAUGAUAAUUUGAAACAUGCCACGAAUAAGAAAGAUCCUCGCAAACAUCGCUAUGAAACCAAAGGCUUGUCAAUUGUCAAUUUGCUCUUCUCGGCAGCGAGUGGAGAUGUAACGGCGCUGCGUAGACAUCGUUUGUCUGGCAUGGAUAUUACCUUGGCCGAUUAUGAUGGUCGUACGGCCUUGCAUUUGGCUGCCUCCGAGGGUCACUUGGAUUGUGUACGUUUCCUGUUGGAACAGUGUCAUGUUCCACACAAUCCCAAAGAUCGUUGGGGUAAUAUGCCCGUAGAUGAGGCAGAGAAUUUCGGCCAUCAUAAUAUUGUGGAAUAUCUGAAGGAGUGGGCCGAAAAGGCUGUGAAUAAUGAAGAAGUGGCUACAGAGGCUGUGGUCAAGAAUACCGAAGCUGAUGAGGAGCUUAUCACUCAGGACAUUAAGACUGGCUAUGAUCGCAGUGCCACCGCCAGUCCCAUGCCAUCGGAAGCCAGCUCCAGUAGUGGUCCCGAUGAUCACAGCCGUCCCGGCCUUUAAAGACUUAGACUUUAGUAGUAUACCUGAAAGUAGCGGUUAAUGGAAUCUCUUAAUUUUUAAUUUUUCCUAGGAACUUUUUUUUAUAUAGUUUUCGUUUUCAAGCAUGUGUGAGUUGUAACGGAUAUAAGAAAGGGGAAAUGUCAGCAUUUUUUCGGAAAUCUAUUAAAUUUAAGAGAUUUCCUCGAGAAAUCCUCUAAACUUUUAUGGGAAAUUUAUUUGUUUUGAAAACGUUUGUGGGAAAUUAAUAUGUUUUGAAAGAUAAGAUAUGUCUAUAAAGGACUUUUUUUAAUGAAACCGUUUUCCGCUUUUUAUACACCACAAGGUGUAACAGGCAAAAGGAAACGAGAUAGACCCAUAGUUCCUUUUGAUGAUCUGCAUAGAAUCACAUUCUGUGUCGAUUUAUGCAUGUCCGUCCGUCCGUCUGUCUGUACAUGUAUUUUUGUACACAAAGUACAGUUCGGAUUUAUUGCCCUAUCCAGAUGAAAUUUUGCACAAAUCAUUUGUUUGGUCCAAGAACGAACCCUAUUGAAAUUGGAGAUAAUCGGUCAAAAUUUAGAUAUAGCUCCCAUAUAUAUCUUCGUCCGAUUUGCCUUUUAUUGUGCACCAAACGUGUAAUAUCAGCCCGAAUAGUAUGGAAUUUUGCACAUACAACCAAAUUAGGCCUGCAAAUAAGUAUGCCAAAUUUGAUCGAAAUCGGUUCAGAUAUAGCUAUAGCCCCCAUAUAUAUUGUUUAUUCGAUUUGUUAUUUUUGUCCUCCGCAGUCGUAAUAUGCACUCUGUGACAACAAUAUUUGGGGAAAUAUAUUAAAUACAGCUCAGAAAUACAUUUGCUAAAGUUUUAUCGAGAUCGGUUCAGAUUUGAAUAUAGCUCCCAUAUAUAACUUCGUCCGAUUUUCAUUUUAUUGUGCACCAAACGUCUAAUAUUUGUCCAAAUGGGAUGAAAUUUGGCUCUUACGACCGAAUUAAGUCUCGAAGCUAGUAUGUCAAAUUUGGUGAGAAUCGGUUUAGAUAUAGCUAUAGCUCCCAUAUAUAUGGCUCAUCCGAUUCGUUAUUUUUGUCCUCCGCAGCCGUAGUUUGCACUCUGUAACAACAAUAUUUUGGGAAAUAUAUCAAAUACAGCUCAGAAAUACAUUUGUUAAAGUUUAUCGAGAUCGGUUCAGAUUUGGAUAUAGCUCCCAUACAUAACUUCGUCCGAUUUACCUUUUAUUGUGCACCAAACGUCUAAUAUUUGUCCAAAUGGGAUGGAAUUUGGCAAUUACGACUGAAUUGAGUCUAGAAGCUAGUAUGCCAAAUUUGAUGAAAAUCGGUUCUGAUAUAGCUACAGCUCCCAUAUAUAUUGUUCAUCCGAUUUGUUAUUUUUGUCCUCCGCAGUCGUAAUAUGCACUCUGUGACAACAAUAUUUGGGGAAAUAUAUCAAAUACAGCUCAGAAAUACAUUUGUCAAAUUUUAUCGAGAUCGGUUCCGAUUUGGAUGUAGCUCCCAUAUAUAUAUCUUUAUCCAAUUUCAAAUUAAUUGUGCACCAAAUGGGCAAUACAAGUCCGAAUUUAAAAGAUACAAAUGCUUCGGCAUAUUUAGUCUUUUGAACUUUAAAUUAUAAUUAUAAUCAUAGCAUGUAUGAUUGAAUUCUCCCAUAAAAACUUUUAAUUGUUAUGCGGAGCUCUACUAAAUUAGCAAAGUGGUGUAGGGUAUCAUAAAGUCGGCCCAGCCCGCCUUUAAGACUUUCUUUACUGGUUUGAGAAUGUUGGAUUAUAAUAUAAUUUUUACAUUUUUUAAUCGAAAAUAAUUAUAAGGAAAAAAAGACGUUUAUAGCCUAAAACUUGCUACUUUUAAAUUGUUUUCCUAUAACUGAAAAAUCUCUGAAAUUUUAUCUUAAAGUCAAAAAUAUUUUUGCUUUCUUAUAUCCGUUAAUUUGCUAUUAAAAAUUCCACAAUUGUUAUUAUAUUAAUACCAGAUAGAUAUAGAAGGUUCAAAGCUUUAGUUUCCAAACUCGAAUCAUAAAAAGAGGCAUUUUAUUUUGAAAGAAAAAAAUCGACUUAGCAUAUCUACUUCCACAGUCCAUAGAUUUUCCAAAGAGAGGAGGGAAGAACCACAAGCUCCCACAUAAAAAAAUUAUAAAUAAUGGGACAAUUGAAUGGUAUAUCCCUUGCCUUCCUCUUAUGUAGUUUACUUCCAUAGAAAUUUUUUCACAAUAUUCCAAAGCCAUAAAAAACCAGCCAGUGUUGACCACAAGAUAUUUAAACGAAAAAAAAGAAAACAAAUAACCAAAAGAGAAAUCCUGAUAAUGACAAUAAUACUACUUAAACAAAUAAUAAUAAUAAUAUUUAUGCCACAAUUUAAAUUACUUAUAUAUAUGUAUGUAUGUAAGCUCAUAAGUAUAUUUGUGUAUUUUUAUGAUUCUUAAUGAUGAGAUGGGUAAUAAUUUACCUUGUCACAAAAACGAGUUCCAAAUAGUCCAUUAAAUAUGUUCGUCUUUUUUUUUUGUCCAUAGAAAAUAGAUCUCCAACGCCGCCACUUCAUAACUCACACUCAUUUUCACCUAAGGAGAAUUUCAAAAACUAUUCACACUCGUCGUCGUCGUUUUUUUUUAACUCUUUCUCAUCAAUGAUUUGAUUGAUAUUCCUGUGAUUAACUCGAAAUCUAUUUUUGUAUUUAGAAGAUAUCAAAGAAACAAAACUUAAUUUUAAAUUAAAAAAAACAUCACUUAUAAUUUGAAUUAGUUAAUUACUAUUAUUGUUAUUUUAAAUAUUAACUGAGAAAUAUGUAUUAUUUUUUUUAGCUUUGUUCAUUGUAGGUUUAAUUCACAGGUUCCUUUUUUACAU